UAACUGCAAAUUUUUCUUUUCAACUUUUGCUGUCAAAUUGUCAGAAAAUUUCGGUAAUUUCAAUUGUCAAAUUGCUGUCAAUUUUAAGCUAAAGUGGCUAUUAGGAGCUAUUGAAGUGCAUUUACCAUCCGUCAAAAUUUUCCUAUAAUAUUCUUUGGAGCUAAUGACUGAUUUGUUUUUUUUUGGCACGUGGGCACGUGGUCGACCGACAACAGACGUGACCCAAUCAGGGGGCAAUAAAUAAAAUUUGUUUUUCUGUAUAAGAACAGUCAUAACCUAUCGUGUCGAAACUGGAUGUCGCUCGACUUAUAUCUCCGCUGAAAAUGUUGAUGAAUGUCAACACAAUGUUAAGACAAUGUAAUGUUUCAAUAAAUUCAAGAGAAAUUACUUAUGCUCAGGUUUUGUUGAAGAGUUAUUUCUCAACUCAUGUAGAAAAUACCGGAGAUGAUCGAUUUAAAUAUACAAAAAAAAUGAAUAAUGCUAUGAAAGCUUAUUUACAAAGAGCUGAAGAGUAUGAUAAGUAUAUAAAAAAAGAAACGCGGGAAUAUCAAAUAGGUAAAAGACAUUUGGCAAACAUGAUGGGUGAAAAUCCCGAUACAUUUAAUCAAGAUUCUAUCAAUAAAUCGAUUGAGUAUUUAUUUCCAUCUGGUUUAUAUGAACCAAAGGCUCGACCUAUUAUGGAAGAAGCUCAAAAAAUUUUUCCACCAAAAAGAGCAGCUCAGUUUAAUGAAGAAGGUAGACCAUUUCAACCAAUGUUUUAUACGACGAGACCUAAUUAUUAUUCUGUGCUCUAUGAUAUCGUCGAGCAAAUAGAAAUUUUAAAUAAAUUUGAAGAUAGCGAGAUGAAAAAAGGAAUUUUGCCAAAUGAAACGAAUAAAGCAAAUUUACUUGGAUCUGAUUGGAUGACUAAAACUGAAAUCGAAAAAGUCUUCCUCGAGCCUAUACACGACAAUGAUUACGAAGCGUUGCUGGCUGCUCUCCAAAGAUUAGCGCUACAUCCUUAUUCAGCAAGUGCUCUAAAUUUCAUCAUGAAGUUUAGAACACUGAAAAAAGUUCAGACUGAAGCAUUGAUUAUUCCACCUUUAGAGUACGACGAUCAAGGAAGACCAUUUAUUACAGUAACAGGUUGCUGGCGAAACACAUCCACUGGUGUAGUUAAAAUUUUAGGCAAUGGCUCAGGAAAGAUAACAAUUAAUGGUCAGGAUAUCACUUAUUUUCAUCACAUACAAUAUCGAGAACAGGUCAUAUUUCCAUUGAUUUUUACGGGAAUGGAAAAGAGUGUUGAUAUUGAAGCUACUGUUGAAAAUGGAGGACCUACCGGACAGUCUGGUGCAAUUCGUUGGGGCAUUGCCUGGGGCUUACGAAGUUUUGUUGAUAAGAAAAUGAUAGAGAAAAUGAGAAUUGCUGGUUUGUUAACAAGAGAUUGGCGAACAAAAGAACGAAAGAAGCCUGGCCAAGAAGGCGCGAGAAGAAAGUUCACUUGGAAGAAACGUUAAAUUUUUGUUUUGUAUCUUUUAGCUCAUUUUCAAUUUAAUGAAUCUUUGUGCAUUUGAUCCAAAUUAAAACAAUUAUUUUAUAAGUCUUACUUGUGUAACUUGAAUAAAAGAAACAAAAAUUCUUUUGAAUACAA